GAACUGCAAUUAUCGGAUUACUUAUACAAAGCACAGGAAUAUUACUAACCUACUACACCAUAAAAUAUUAUUCCUUAAUUUUUCAAUAUAUUAGCAUUUGCUUCAUACAUUCUUGUUCUUAUGCUUAUAUAGAACCAAUAAUUCCUACCAUCAUAUCCUUAUUCUUUGAUAAAAAAGACCAAUUAUUUUCUCAAAGUUUUGUAUCUUUUUUCAGAUAUUUAUCUUUAACUAUAUCACCUAUUGUCUAUAGUUAUUACUAUAUUGAAAAUCAGCUCUAUCCUUUCUCCAUAUCUUCAAGUAUGUCUAUUUUAUCUAUUUUUUUUGUUAUUUUGUCUUUCAAAUUUCAUAACAAGAUGAAAAAUUCUAUGACUAAUUAA